ACUCUCAAGCAUUCACAAUCUCACAGACUUUUCUUCUCAAUUUCUUCUCUUCCAUUAAAGAAUAUUUGGUCCAGAGAAAACCACAACACAUUCUUCUCUCCUGACCGUUGUUAUAUUUGGAAAUAAAAAAUCCAAUCUCUCUUUCAUUCCACUCCAUUCAAAAUUCGAGAUCUAACCGAUAAAACAGCCAAAAACGUCAGAGCAGUUUUCUGUUGGAAAAAAAUAAAAUUUUGACUGUUAUUUUGAAUUGUGUUUGUCAAAAAGAAGAAGAUGGUCGAGGAUGUCAAGAAUGUUCAGGGAGAUGUACUUCCUCGAAGCAGCUCCGACUUAUUAGACGAUGAUGGCCGUCCCAAGCGAACCGGGACGGUGUGGACAACAAGUGCACAUAUCAUAACGGCAGUAAUUGGGUCUGGAGUAUUGUCUCUGGCAUGGGCUAUUGCUCAGCUUGGUUGGGUGGCUGGUCCAGUAGCAAUGCUACUCUUCUCUUUCGUCAGUUAUUACACUUCUACUCUCCUCGCUUCUUGUUACCGCUCCGGGGACCCUGUCACCGGCAAGAGAAACUACACUUACAUGGACGCUAUCCACUCCAACCUUGGUGGCAUUAAGGUGAAAUUAUGUGGAGUUGUGCAGUAUGUUAAUCUCUUUGGUACUGCAAUUGGAUACACUAUUGCAUCAGCUAUAAGCCUCAUAGCAAUCCAGAGGACAACUUGCCUACAUAACAAUGGGGGAAAAGAACCAUGUCCUGUCAAUGGCAGUGCUUACAUUAUUGGGUUCGGUGUACUACAAAUCCUAUUAUCUCAGAUUCCUGAUUUUGAUCAGUUAUGGUGGCUGUCCCUCGUUGCUGCAGUCAUGUCUUUUGGUUACUCCACCAUUGGGCUUGGCCUUGGAAUCUCCAAAGUGGUUGAGAACAAAGAGAUUAAAGGCACUCUCACUGGAGUCGCCAUUGGGACAGUGACACCCACCGAGAAAAUGUGGAGAACCUUUCAGGCUCUUGGAAAUAUUGCGUUUGCCUACGCUUACUCCAUGAUUUUCGUCGAGAUUCAGGACACGUUAAAAUCACCCCCUUCUGAAGAAAUUACGAUGAAGAAAGCAGCUCUAGUAAGUGUGGCAGUGACGACCUUCUUCUACACGCUCUGUGGCUGCAUAGGGUAUGCAGCAUUCGGAGAGUCUGCACCAGGAAACCUCCUCGCUGCUGGAGGAUUCACAGACCCAUAUUGGUUGCUUAACAUAGCUAAUGUCGCCAUAUUGAUCCAUCUAAUCGGAGCUUACCAAGUCUAUGCACAACCAAUCUUUGCCUUUGUCGAGAAAAAAGCUUCCAAGAUGUUUCCAGAGAGUAAGUUCGUCACAAAAGAGACCGAGAUUCCAUUCUUUUCUGGAUCCAAGCCCUUCAAUUUCAAUCUCUUUAGGCUCGUGUGGAGGACGGUCUUUGUGAUUAUAAUAACGUCGAUCUCAAUGCUAAUGCCUUUCUUUAACGAUGUUGUUGGUCUCUUGGGAGCCAUUGGUUUUUGGCCUCUAACAGUUUAUUUCCCUGUGGAAAUGUACAUUGCACAGAAGAAUUUGCCGAGCUGGAGCAAAAGAUGGGUUAGUCUUCAAGUCUUGAGUUUGGUUUGUCUUAUUGUCUCUUUAGCUGCGGCAGCAGGAUCAGUAGUUGGCAUUGUUAGUAAAAUCAAGACUUACAAACCUUUCGAGUCGGAUUUCUGAGAGGCUAUCAAAAAAGUAAAAAAUCCUGCAAUACGGAUGAAACUAGAAUACUUUGUAAUCUUCAAAUAAUGUUGAAAAACAAAAAUUUUGUAUUUUAAAUCUCUACUAGGUGACUGACCCGCACCCUGUGCGGAUAUAAAAAUAUAUUGUAUAAUAUCGAUUGAGUUCAAAUGUAGGAGAAUGUGGAAUCUCUCAGAGUUUCAAUGCUGAAACAUGA